AUGGGCGGAAAGAAGGGCGGCGAGAACACCAAGAAGGUCGCUGGCAACGCCAAAAAGGCCGAGGCAGCGGCGCAGAAGGCCGCAGCUGCAGACGCACAGAGAGAAGCGGCCGAGUCCGCGGAGUGGUCAAAGGGAUCUAAGAGCAACGCAAAGAAAGAAGCCGAAGCCGCAAAGAAGGCAGAGCAGGCCAAGAAGAAGGCUGAGCGAGACGCUGCCCUGGCCGAGGAGGAGAAGAGCCUGCCCAGUCGCAAUGCGCCCAAGAACGCAAAGACGGCCACCAAGAAGACCGGCCGCGGUACGCUCGACCUAUCGCAGCUCGACGAAUCUCUACCCUCGCUGAACGCUUCGGGUAUCGACAAUGCGCUGGAUGCCCUCGGCGUCGCCGGCAACGCCCAAGACAAGAUCGACAAGCACCCGGAGAGGCGGUUUAAGGCGGCCUACGCGGCGUUUGAGGAGCGCCGGCUGAAGGAGAUGGACGACGACGGCAGCGGCGCUGGUCUCCGGCUGCAGCAGAGGAAGGACAGGGUCCGGAAGGAGUUCGAGAAGUCUCCCGAGAACCCCUUCAACCAGGUCACGGCUACGUACAAUGCAUCACGCGACGAGAUGGCAGGUAUUCGGCAGUCAGAGAAGUCCAAGGUCGAAUCCCGACUGGGCCGAUAA